AUGAGGGUUUUCGGUAAUAAAUCCCCUAUCCGAAGAGUGCAGGGUUUGGAAUCCGUGACCGAAUCAGAUCAUGAAUACGUCCCUUCUACAAAUCAAGAAUCCAGCUACCGAUCGGCCACCCCAACACGAUACUCUGAGGUUAACUCGAUAAGGUCACAAAGACAUUCAGAAGAUUAUGGAUUCGGUGAAAUUCCUAGCCAAGACCCCGUCAUUCAACUCUUCCUCCAGAAGGUUCAGAAAAUAGAGGAUGACAGAACUAGUUCCUAUGAACUAGAAUGGGGGAAGCUUCGGCCAGGGCCAUUCACCAAACACAUCAAGAACUCCAGGCAGGAUAAGGAUGUGCAGCCACUGCACAUACCAUUCUACACGGGAGUAGAAGAUCCCCUAACACAUCUCCACUCCUUUCCGUAUGCCUUAGGGUGCAAAGAGCUCAGUGACGAAGGGCAGUUCUUGCUAUUUCCAUUUGCGCUUACUAGAGCAACUUUGAACUGGUUCUACAGGCUGGAACCAGGAACAGUAGACUCUUUCGACGAGCUAAAACAGAUCUUUCUCAAUCAUUUUAUGAUCCAAACGGACCGUCUGUAUUUUGUCAAUGACUUUUAUACCAUUCGUCAGAAGGAAGAUGAGCCCCUAGGAGAAUACGUUGCGCAGUUCAGCCAUGAGUACUCGAGAUGCCCAUAA